ACAAGAAAAGGGAUGGCGGAGUCGAGCAGGCCGCGGAGGAGGAAGAAGAUGGAGGAGUGAGGCGGGGGAGCAUAAGGCUGUUGCUUCCGGAUAAAAUUUGGCUGCGCCUGCUUCUCCCCCCAACGGAAAACCCAGGAAGACUCCAUGCUACCAUGUCUGGGACGGUCAUUAUCCUCCAGCAAUUUGCUGGUGGCCUCAAGAGCCGUAAUGAAGAGACCCGGGCGAAGGCGGCAAAGGAUUUGCAGCAUUAUGUCACCAUGGAACUCCGGGAGAUGAGUCAAGAAGAAUCCACCCGUUUUUACGAUCAACUGAAUCAUCACAUCUUCGAGUUGGUUUCCAGUUCAGAUGCAAAUGAAAGGAAAGGAGGCAUUUUGGCUAUAGCAAGUCUGAUUGGUGUUGAGGGAGGCAAUGCCACACGCAUUGGCAGGUUCGCCAACUACCUAAGGAACCUCCUUCCAUCCAAUGACCCCGUUGUCAUGGAGAUGGCCUCCAAAGCCAUUGGGCGUCUCGCUAUGGCCGGCGAUACCUUCACUGCAGAAUAUGUGGAAUUUGAAGUGAAGCGGGCUCUGGAGUGGCUGGGCGCAGACAGGAACGAAGGACGGAGACAUGCAGCGGUCUUGGUUUUGCGAGAGUUGGCCAUCAGUGUCCCCACGUUCUUCUUCCAGCAAGUUCAGCCAUUUUUCGACAACAUCUUUGUCGCUGUGUGGGAUCCGAAGCAGGCCAUCCGGGAAGGAGCCGUUUCGGCUUUACGCGCUUGCCUUAUCUUGACCACUCAACGCGAGUUCAAAGAGAUGCAGAAGCCGCAGUGGUACCGACAAACCUAUGAGGAAGCUGAGAAGGGCUUUGACGAGUCUGUGGCGAAAGAAAAGGGGGUGAACCGAGACGACCGAAUUCAUGGUGCCUUACUGAUCCUCAAUGAACUGGUGCGGAUUAGCAGCAUGGAAGGAGAGCGCCUCAGGGAAGAGAUGGAAGAAAUCACCCAGCAGCAGCUGGUGCAUGACAAAUACUGCAAGGAUCUUUUGGGCUUCGGCACUAAGCCCCGCCACGUCACCCCUUUCUCCAGCUUCCAGUCGGUGCAGCCCCAACAGUGCAACGCCUUGAUCGGACUUCUGGGCUACAGCCCCCACCCAGGAAUCCUGGGAUUUGGGACGUUACCCGUCCCAGCCAAGUCAACCUUGGUGGAGAGCCGAUGCUGCCGAGAGUUAAUGGAGGAGAAGUUUGACCAGGUCUGCUAUUGGGUGCUGAAGUGCCGAAGCAGCAAGAAUACUUUGAUUCAAAUGACUGUCCUCAGCUUAUUGCCACGGCUGGCCGCUUUCCGCCCUUCAGCUUUCACAGCUGACCACUACCUCCCUGAUACCAUGAGCCAUGUCUUGAGCUGCGUGAAGAAGGAAAAGGAGCGGACGGCUGCUUUCCAAGCCCUGGGCUUGCUCUCGGUGGCUGUGCGCUCAGAGUUCCAAGUUUACCUGCCCAAGGUUCUUGAAAUUAUCAAGGGAGCCCUUCCGUUGAAGGACUUUACCCACAAGAGACAGAAAUCCGUGCAGGUGGACGCCACUGUUUUUACCUGCAUCAGCAUGCUGGCACGAGCAAUGGGUCCCUCUAUUCAGCAAGACAUCAAGGAACUUCUGGAGCCCAUGUUGGCUGUGGGGCUGAGCCCUGCCCUGACAGCUGUCCUGUACGACCUGAGUCGCCAGAUCCCGCAGCUGAAGAAAGAGAUCCAGGAUGGGUUACUGAAGAUGCUUUCCCUUGUGCUGAUGCAUCGCCCGCUGCGUCACCCGGGCAUGCCGAAAGGGCUCUCCCACCAGCUGGCUUCACCCAGCCUCACCAACAUCCCCGAGGCCAACGACGUGGCCAGCAUCACUCUCGCCCUCCGCACCUUGGGCAGCUUUGAGUUUGAAGGGCAUUCGUUGACUCAGUUCGUCCGGCACUGCGCGGAUCACUUCCUCAACAGUGAGCACAAGGAGGUGCGGAUGGAAGCAGCCCGGACAUGUUCCCGCUUACUCACGCCUUCCAUUCACCUGAUCAGCGGCCAUGCCCACGUGGUCAGCCAGACCGCAGUCCAGGUGGUGGCCGAUGUCCUCAGCAAACUCUUGGUGGUUGGGAUCACAGACCCUGACCCCGACAUACGGUACUGCGUGCUGGCAUCCUUAGACGAGCGCUUUGACGCCCACCUCGCUCAGGCGGAGAACUUGCAGGCGCUUUUCGUCGCUCUGAACGACCAGGUGUUUGAAAUCCGCGAGUUGGCCAUCUGCACCGUGGGCCGGCUGAGCAGCAUGAAUCCGGCUUUUGUCAUGCCAUUCCUCCGGAAAAUGCUAAUUCAGAUCCUGACCGAGCUGGAGCACAGUGGCGUGGGCAGAAUCAAAGAGCAGAGUGCCAGGAUGCUGGGACACUUGGUCUCCAACGCCCCCCGACUCAUUCGCCCCUAUAUGGAACCCAUCCUCAAGGCAUUGAUCGUGAAGCUAAAAGACCCAGAUCCUGAUCCAAACCCUGGUGUGAUCAAUAAUGUCUUGGCUACCAUCGGUGAACUGGCCCAGGUGAGUGGGCUGGAGAUGCGAAAGUGGGUGGAUGAGCUUUUCAUCAUCAUCAUGGACAUGCUCCAGGACUCCUCCUUGCUCGCCAAAAGACAGGUGGCUUUAUGGACCCUGGGACAGCUGGUAGCCAGCACUGGCUACGUGGUGGAACCCUAUCGGAAGUAUCCAACUCUUCUUGAGGUGCUGCUGAACUUCUUGAAAACCGAGCAAAACCAGGGUACCCGAAGAGAGGCUAUUCGCGUCCUUGGCCUCCUGGGAGCUCUGGAUCCAUAUAAACAUAAGGUGAACAUUGGUAUGAUAGAUCAAUCCAGGGAUGCUUCGGCUGUCAGCCUCUCAGAAUCUAAAUCCAGCCAGGAUUCUUCUGACUACAGCACCAGUGAAAUGCUGGUUAAUAUGGGAAACCUCCCGCUGGACGAGUUCUAUCCCGCCGUCUCCAUGGUGGCGCUCAUGAGGAUCUUCCGGGACCAGUCCUUGUCCCAUCACCACACCAUGGUGGUCCAAGCCAUCACCUUUAUUUUCAAGUCCCUUGGCCUCAAGUGCGUGCAGUUCCUGCCUCAAGUGAUGCCCACUUUCCUCAACGUCAUUCGGGUUUGCGAUGGGGCCAUCCGGGAGGUAAAAGAAGAUGGUGAUAGUAUGCUGGGGAGAAGAGCCGAGUUCCUUUUCCAGCAGCUGGGAAUGCUGGUGUCCUUUGUGAGAAGCCAUAUCCGACCUUACAUGGAUGAAAUUGUUACCCUCAUGAGGGAUUUCUGGGUAGUAAAUAAUUCCAUCCAGAGCACAAUUAUCCUCCUCAUCGAGCAGAUAGUGGUGGCCCUCGGCGGGGAAUUCAAACUCUACCUUCCUCAGCUCAUCCCGCACAUGCUUCGCGUCUUCAUGCACGACAGCAGCAGCACCCGCAGCGUUUCCACCAAGCUGCUGAAUGCCAUCCAGUUGUUUGGAGCAAAUCUGGACGAUUACCUGCACUUACUGCUGCCUCCCAUUGUGAAGCUUUUUGAUGCCCCCGAUGCCCCCCUGUCUGCUCGCAAAGCUGCCUUAGAAACUGUGGACCGAUUAACGGAGUCCCUUGAUUUCACGGAUUAUGCUUCGCGGAUUAUCCAUCCCAUCGUGCGAACUCUUGACCAGAGCCCAGAGCUUCGCACAACUGCCAUGGACACGCUCUCCUCCCUGGUCUUCCAGCUGGGGAAAAAGUAUCAGAUCUUUAUCCCGAUGGUCAACAAAGUAUUGGUGCGUCACAGAAUAAACCACCAACGAUACGACGUCCUCAUCUGCAGGAUUGUGAAGGGCUACACUCUCGCCGAUGAAGAGGAUGACCCUCUGAUCUACCAGCACCGCAUGCACAGGAGCAGUCAGGGAGAGGCCCUCGUCAGCGGCCCGGUCGAAACGGGGCCCAUGAAGAAGCUGCACGUCAGCACCAUCAACUUACAGAAGGCCUGGGGAGCAGCCCGAAGAGUUUCCAAGGAUGAUUGGUUGGAAUGGUUGAGACGGCUGAGCCUGGAGCUGUUGAAAGACUCCUCAUCGCCCUCACUGCGCUCGUGCUGGGCCUUGGCUCAGGCCUACAACCCCAUGGCCAGAGAUCUGUUUAAUGCAGCCUUUGUUUCAUGCUGGUCUGAGCUGAACGAAGACCAGCAGGAUGAGCUGAUCCGUAGCAUCGAGCUGGCGCUGACGUCUCAAGAUAUUGCUGAGGUCACCCAGACCCUGCUCAAUUUGGCGGAGUUCAUGGAGCACAGCGACAAGGGCCCGCUGCCGUUGGGGGACGACAACGGCAUUGUCUUGCUGGGAGAGCGGGCUGCCAAGUGCCGAGCCUAUGCCAAGGCCCUACACUACAAAGAGCUGGAAUUCCAGAAGGGGCCCACGCCAGCCAUCCUCGAGUCUCUCAUCAGCAUAAAUAAUAAACUGCAGCAACCGGAAGCCGCAUCUGGGGUGCUGGAAUACGCCAUGAAGCAUUUUGGGGAGCUGGAAAUCCAGGCCACCUGGUAUGAGAAGCUGCACGAAUGGGAAGAUGCCCUUGUGGCCUAUGACAAAAAGAUGGACACCAACAAGGAUGACCCGGAGCUGAUGCUUGGCCGCAUGCGUUGCCUGGAAGCCUUGGGGGAAUGGGGGCAGCUGCAUCAGCAGUGCUGUGAGAAAUGGACUUUGGUGAAUGAUGAAACACAAGCCAAAAUGGCAAGGAUGGCGGCGGCAGCAGCUUGGGGCUUAGGGCAGUGGGACAGCAUGGAAGAGUACACCUGCAUGAUCCCAAGGGACACCCAUGACGGCGCCUUCUACCGGGCCGUCCUGGCUCUCCAUCAGGACCUCUUCUCUCUGGCCCAGCAGUGCAUCGACAAAGCCCGAGAUCUCCUGGAUGCAGAGCUGACAGCCAUGGCAGGAGAGAGUUACAGUCGAGCUUACGGGGCGAUGGUCUCCUGCCAGAUGUUGUCUGAGCUGGAAGAAGUGAUCCAGUACAAGCUUGUGCCAGAACGGCGAGAGAUCCUUCGCCAGAUCUGGUGGGAAAGACUGCAGGGUUGCCAGCGGAUCGUAGAGGACUGGCAGCGGAUUCUCAUGGUCCGAUCGCUUGUGGUCAACCCUCACGAGGACAUGAGGGUGUGGCUCAAGUACGCCAGCUUGUGUGGCAAGAGCGGCAGGCUGGCUUUAGCCCAAAAAACCCUGGUGUUGCUCCUGGGUGUCGACCCAUCCCGACAGCUGGACCAUCCCUUGCCCACUCUUCACCCUCAAGUGACCUACGCAUACAUGAAGCACAUGUGGAAAAGCGCCCGCAAGAUCGAAGCCUUCCAGCACAUGCAGCAUUUUGUCCAGAUGAUGCAGCAGCAAGCUCAGCAUGCCAUCGCCACCGAGGAUCAGCAGCACCGACAGGAGCUUCACAAACUCAUGGCCCGGUGUUUCCUGAAACUGGGAGAGUGGCAGCUGAACCUGCAAGGCAUCAAUGAGAGCACCAUUCCCAAGGUCCUGCAGUACUACAGCGCCUCUACAGAGCAUGACCGCAAUUGGUACAAAGCUUGGCAUGCCUGGGCAGUGAUGAACUUUGAGGCGGUCCUGCACUACAAGCUCCAGAACCAGGCCCGAGACGAGAAGAAGAAGCUGCGCCAUGCCAGCGGGACCAGCAUCACCAGCGCCAACACGGAAGGCAGCAACAGCGAAAGCGAGGCCGAGAGCGCUGAGAACAGCCCUGCCCCUUCUCCCGUGCAGAAGAAGGUCACAGAGGACUUGUCGAAAACCCUCCUGAUGUACACCGUGCCAGCAGUUCAGGGCUUCUUCCGAUCCAUCUCUUUGUCCCGGGGAAACAACCUGCAGGAUACGCUCAGGGUUCUUACAUUGUGGUUUGACUAUGGCCACUGGCCAGAAGUCAAUGAAGCCUUGGUGGAAGGGGUCAAGGCCAUCCAGAUCGACACCUGGCUCCAGGUGAUCCCACAGCUGAUUGCAAGAAUUGACACACCUCGGCCUUUGGUGGGACGGCUCAUUUACCAGCUGCUCACUGACAUUGGAAGGUACCAUCCCCAGGCUCUGAUCUAUCCACUGACAGUUGCCUCAAAGUCAACGACAACAGCCCGGCACAAUGCUGCUAACAAGAUAUUGAAAAAUAUGUGCGAACACAGCAACACGCUCGUCCAACAAGCCAUGAUGGUAAGUGAAGAGCUGAUCCGCGUGGCCAUCCUGUGGCACGAGAUGUGGCACGAAGGGCUGGAGGAAGCAUCUCGCCUCUAUUUCGGGGAGAGGAACGUGAAGGGGAUGUUCGAAGUGCUCGAGCCGCUGCAUGCCAUGAUGGAGCGUGGGCCUCAGACGCUCAAGGAAACCUCCUUCAAUCAGGCUUACGGCAGAGAUCUGAUGGAGGCCCAGGAAUGGUGCCGGAAAUAUAUGAAAUCAGGAAACGUCAAGGAUCUCACCCAGGCUUGGGAUCUGUAUUAUCACGUCUUCCGGCGCAUCUCCAAGCAGCUGCCUCAGUUGACUUCCUUGGAGCUCCAGUACGUUUCCCCCAAACUCCUGAUGUGCCGCGAUUUGGAGCUGGCCGUCCCGGGGACGUACGACCCGAAUCAGCAGAUCAUCCGCAUUCAGUCCAUCGCGCCCUCCCUGCAAGUCAUCACCUCCAAACAGAGGCCGAGGAAGUUGACCUUAAUGGGAAGCAACGGACAUGAGUUUGUGUUUCUUCUGAAAGGACACGAGGAUCUUCGCCAGGAUGAAAGAGUGAUGCAGCUCUUCGGCCUUGUGAACACUCUCCUCGCCAACGACCCCACUUCCCUCCGUAAAAACCUCAGCAUCCAGCGCUAUGCGGUGAUCCCUCUCUCCACCAACUCAGGGCUUAUAGGCUGGGUGCCUCACUGCGACACCCUGCACGCUCUGAUUCGAGACUACAGGGAGAAGAAAAAGAUCCUGCUCAACAUUGAGCAUCGCAUCAUGCUGAGGAUGGCUCCUGAUUACGAUCAUCUCACUCUAAUGCAAAAGGUGGAAGUGUUCGAACACGCCGUCAACAAUACAGCUGGUGAUGACCUGGCCAAGCUUCUGUGGCUGAAGAGCCCCAGCUCAGAGGUGUGGUUUGACCGAAGAACGAAUUACACUCGUUCGUUAGCUGUGAUGUCGAUGGUUGGCUACAUUUUGGGUCUUGGCGACAGGCAUCCCUCCAACCUUAUGCUGGACCGACUGAGUGGCAAAAUCCUGCACAUCGACUUUGGAGAUUGCUUUGAGGUGGCGAUGACCCGAGAGAAAUUCCCUGAGAAGAUCCCUUUCAGGCUAACCCGGAUGUUGACCAACGCCAUGGAGGUCACAGGCUUAGAUGGAAACUACCGAAUCACCUGCCAUACCGUGAUGGAAGUCUUACGAGAGCACAAAGACAGCGUCAUGGCCGUAUUAGAAGCCUUCGUAUACGACCCCUUGCUCAACUGGAGGCUGAUGGACACAAACACCAAAGGUAAUAAGCGAUCUCGGACCCGGACAGAUUCGUACUCUGCUGGCCAGUCAGUCGAAAUGUUGGACAGCGUGGAACUGGGUGAAACAGCUCACAAGAAAGCUGGAACAACAGUGCCUGAAUCUAUCCAUUCCUUCAUUGGGGAUGGCCUUGUGAAACCAGAAGCCCUAAAUAAGAAAGCCAUUCAGAUUAUCAACAGAGUCCGGGAUAAACUCACAG